AAGAGGCAGCGGAAAUCGUUUGUUCGUUAACAAAACACUUUCGUCUCAUUGUCAAGUGCAUUGGCUGAGGCGUUAUCCUUUCAUUUCUUUUUAAAUAGUGGGGCACUGACACCUGAUUUCACUGACUCCUUUAUAAUAUUCAAGGUUUACCUUGGUGAAAUAUUCAGAAAUCGAAAUGUAUAUAAGAACGGACUCAGACUUUAAAAGAUAUCAGUUGGAUUUAUUUGAACGCCAGCAGUUUUCGAGAUGUUGGACAUGAAAACGGUUAUUUUCCUUUCUGUGGUAAUCUGCAUUGCCAUCGUAGAAUGCAGAUAUCCUUAUGAAGAUACCUACAGAGCGGGUGACAUUGUGCCUUAUGGAAACAGACAAACUCAGAAUGACAGAUAUGAACCAAACAUUGGUGGUUACCCACGACAAAGAUUACCACCUUAUGGUAACCGAAACGAUGAAUUACCAAGAAAUCGAUAUGAUAAACAAGGUCCUUAUAACGGCUACAUACCCAUACCAUCUGGAAUAUAUCCACGGGAAACGAGCAGAAGACGUAGACCUCAACUUCGACCAAGAGGAUUAGGUGUUAACAAAAAGAAUUACGGCAAUUACGACUAUGAUUAUGGUAAAAACAGAAGAUCUUAUCCAAGAAAAAAUGUGCCAGGUUAUUACAGCUAUGAUGACUUUUCUUAUGCGGAUUAUGAUCAAUAA